AGAACGGCUUUUGAAUGUCAUUAGUAGGCUUGGGAUUUGCUUAAACUCAGAAUGAGGUGUUUCUUAUGGCUGCUGGUCCUUCCAGGUUCUCUAGGUGUGCCAUUAUCUGUGACACAAGGAACCCUAAAGGCUUGGGUGGGAUCUUGUGUGUUCAUUUCAUGCCGCAUCAAAAGGGAGUACCAAGGUCGACCUAUCGAACAUGUUUCCUUUGCUUGGUAUUUUGAUCCUUUUUAUGAUCCUGAGCUAAAAGAUUACAGUGGAAAGCUCUUAUAUAACAGUAACCAGACUGCAUAUUCGGCCAGUCCUGAGUUUAGUAAUCGAGUGACAUUUGUGGGGGAUUUAAAAAACAAAAACUGCAGUUUGAAAAUUUCCCAGCUCCACCAAAAUGAUUCCGGCAAGUAUUCGAUCAGACUUUAUUGGAAAGGAGGACAGUUGUUUAAGCAAGGGAGAUGGUUGGAAGACGUCUAUAUUCAAGUUUAUGAAUCCCCUUUAGAACUGAUAAAACUUGUGUCUCCAGAAAUGAGAGAAAACAUAAUGAAUAAAGUGACCUGCUCAGUACCUUACAGUUGCUUUUAUGAGCCCGUAACGUUGACUAUCCAAGGAUUAGAACGUCAUCGUUUGUUGUUCCAAGAAAUGACCAGUGAAAACCAAGGAAUACAGACUGAGCUGUCUUUAAAGCCCACUUGGCAAGACCACAGGAAACAACUGACAUGCUUGCUGAAAACCCACGAUGGGAGAGAAAUAGAGAAAAAAUUUACAGAACUGAAUGUGCAAUAUGCUCCCAAAGGCGUUAGACUGAAAGCUAUCCCUGGAGCCACAGUCCGAGAGGGAGACAACCUGUCUCUGGAAUGUGCAGUUAACAGCAGUAAUCCGGAUGUGAUUUCUUAUCAGUGGUUUAAGGAUGGUAUAGCAUGGGAUUCGCAGAUCCAGCCCAAGAAGAGCUUCAGUGAUUUAAAAGAAACGGACUCUGGCAGUUACACAUGCAAUGUUAAUAACUGGAUUGGAAGUACCAACUCUGACAAUCUGAUGAUCAGUGUCCAGUUUCUGCCAAAGGUCAAAAUCCUAAUGCCACAAUCACCCAUCCGAGAAAAGGACAAUGUGGUUUUGAGCUGUUCAGCCACUGGCAACCCUCCUAUCACUGGCUAUGAAUGGUACGAAAGCAGCACGCCAGAGAUUAUCAAGAUCGAGAAGGAACUGCGAUUUGAGCCGAUUGAAGCCAGGCAUUCUGGUACCUAUCGUUGUGUGGUCCAUAACGAGAUUGGCAAUUCAAGUUCAUCUGUCACCCUGAAUGUUCACUAUUGCCCCAAGGAUGUCCAACUUUUUCAUUUAAAUCAUUUGCCCAUAAAGGAAGGAGACAGAGUCAUCCUGAACUGCUCUGUGGGAAGUAGUUUCCCCAGAAACACCUGGUACAACUUUUUAAGGUCAGGUGACUACACCCAGAAAAAACAGUCCUCGCCAGUACUGACGUUCUUCGCAACAGCGACACCAGUUCCUUCUUACCAAUGCGAAGCAUGUAAUACUGUUGGCUGCACUACCUCUCCAUCCAUCACUUUGGAUAUCCUCUAUGGCCCCAAAGAUGUCAAGCUCAAUCAAGAACCAUCGGGGUGGGUCAUCGAAGGUAGCUCUGUUCGCCUGACUUGUACAGUGAGAAUAGCCAACCCCCAGGAACUCAGCUACACCUGGUACAAAGAUGGGCAACUGCUGCCAGUGAACUCUACCAAAAACAUGAUAUUCAUCCAGAAUGUCCAUUCAACGAAUUCUGGCAUCUACUGUUGUACAUCAAAAAAUGCCAUAAGCAUUGUGGAGUCUCUAACUGUUAGGCUGGAUGUGCAUUAUGGGCCCCGUAAUGUUCGUCUAACCCUAGAUACCCAGAAAGCUGUUACUGAGGGAACGGAUGUCUAUUUGAGAUGUGAUAACGAUGCUUACCCAUCAGCUGUUAUAUACAAGUGGUACUGGAAAGGGCAAGAGAUCUUUAAGGAGACUUCAAAAAUCCUAGCACUCCAGAAAAUUAAGGUCGAGCAGUCAGGAGAAUAUCUUUGCAAAGCAUUCAACCAUGUCUCUGAUAAGGAAUCACAGCUCAUGACCAUCAGUGUAUCCUGUGAGUAUUUCCCUUGAAAAAUAUUGUUACAGUUCCUAGGUGACCAUCCUUGAUU